AUGGCCGACUCAGUGUCUACAGACCUCAACACCUCCCAUUCCACGAUUGGGUUUCUCUUUAGAAAACCAAAGAGGUGGACGCAAGAACAUCUCGACUCUCUCAGAAUUCAAGAGCACGAGAAUACUUCAGUGUCGGAGAUUGUUGGGAAGACAAACCUCCCUACAAAUAACGAUCCCGCAUAUCGUCUCCUGACCCUACAGAUUGCACUCCCUUCCAAAGAGGAUAUCCUGACUAAAGCCGAGAGUGACGACUGGUUCCCGGCGAACGCGUUCACGUAUGUCUUUGAUUCCAUCCACAAACUAGCGCAGACUCCUGAAGACAAGACACCUCCAGCAGAUCUUUUCGGCGGGAUUGUGAGUGUUAUGGCACUUUUAUAUCGUUUCCAUAACCCGGAAGCCAGGAAUAUUUGGGACCUAUCACAUGGAUUCCCCUUCCACUUCCAGACAUGUCGAGUCCGGGGGGUCUUAAAGUGCAACGGAGCUCUUGGUUGGGCGGUUGACGGAGGAAGCACAGUAGCAACCGACACUCCGUUCCAUUCCUUGAUAAUUUACAAUACUGUCACGAAACCAGAGGCCGAAAAUGCCAUGAAGUGUGAGAUCCCGUUUGGGCUCUUUCUUGCCUUUGCGGCCUUUGACCGAAACCCGACUCGCGAUGAAUACGUAUCCUUUGUAUUCAAUCUUCGGCGGACCGCUGUGCAAGUCACAAAGAUUGUGGCCACCAGGUCGUAUCUCCGUGCACUCUGCGAGGGCCGGGAGGUUUCUGAGCAUUUGCAUAUUUAUCGGUCCGCGGAAUACGACCUCGUUGAACCUGAUGGUAGGAAGGAGUUUCUCACGCUCUUCCUUGGAGUGAUGAAACAUUCUUUGACUCAAUUCAGUGAUGUCUCAAAGAGCUAUCCUCGCACAUACAGAUUCGCUAGAUUCUUUUCUCCCUCUUCAUCGAGUCCUACAAGUCCUACCGUUCUGCCGUUGACCCCUAUUCCGGAAAUCGACGUUUCCAAUACCUGGAACAUGUCGUCCAACAAAUCGGUCAUCCUAAAAUCUCUGAGAGAUUGGGAUACUUGGAAUAAACAAUUCAGGGCUGAAGGCGAACGCAAAGAUCUACUUGAUCUUGUUGAUGGAUUGGAGAAUUUCCGUACAAGGCCGAAGACGCCAGACCCUGCGAACUAUCAUUCUCAGCCACACAAUACUCGCAAUUCCACUCAAGCAAGCAUCUUGAUAUUCGAUGACCCAAUCGCAGAACUCUCGAACGAAGAACGAUCAGCAUACCAACUUGCGUACACCAUCUACAAAGAUCGGAGAGAUUUAUACGAUAAACAGCGAGCAUUACUUGACAAGCUACAAACCUGGAUGACAAAAUCAGUGGCUUCUAGCUAUUCAAAGACGUGCUUCCAUCACAAGAGAACCAUUAAAGAAUGGUACGAUGCCUUGAAGGAACAAGUUGGAGUAGAUGAAUAUGAUAUCAAACGGGAAAUUGUGGACGCAUACAAGCGUGCCGUAAAACCCUUAUCCAAAACUCCAAAGGACUUUGAAUCAUGGAUUACAAAUUGGGAACAAAUCAUGGCUGAGGGGACCGAGAGAGACCUCUACUUUGCUACCAGUAUUAAUGUCUGGUUUGAAGACUUCAUCACAGCUGCUGUCAAUCCAAUUGAUCCUACAUGGACCAAAGCAUAUCAAUUGACCAAUAGAAAGGAAGUAAGAGAAGGUUCUCUGAGCUAUCGUACCUUAGCAAAUGACUUCCGCGAUGUUGUGAGAACCUUAAGCACCUCAGCUAGAUUCACACGGAUCGCUAAGGGAUCUUUUGGAACUACUUUCGCUGGACAAGGCACUGGGGAUGAAUCAGAUGAUUCGUCAACCAACAGUACUGCUAAGGUCAUACCAGAGAAGAAGAAAAAGACUGGCAAGCAGAACCGAAAACGGGGGCAUUCAAGAACUAUAUCUCUGGCUACGGCAACAGGGAGAUGCCGUGCUUGCAAUCAAGGUCAUGAUCUUCACGCCUGCUACUAUAUCUUCCCAGGCAAAGCGCCUGAUUGGUUUAGACCAAGGUCUGAUAUAAAAGAACGAGUUGAAGAAAAACUCAGAAAGGAUGACAGUCUGGCUGAAGAAAUCAACUGGCUUAAGAAAUCAAUGGAUAUCAGGCAAGAAGGCCAUCAGCCAUGA